AAAUUGACACAUCAACGGACAAAUGGUCUUCUUGUUUCUGUCGUGGGGUGCAACACCAAAGUAUCAUUGUUGUAACUGGCUGUAACAGUGUUACAGCCGCUGAUGAAGUAGAUUUAAGUGGCGGCUGACUCAUUAAGAUGUCUCGAGAGCAGUUGGUGGUGCAGCGGGCAAAGAAGGCCUUCCAGACAGGGAAAACCAAACCUCUGGAAUACAGGAUCCACCAGCUGAAAAGCCUAUAUCGUUUUGUCUCAGAGAGACGGAAGGACAUUGCAGAUGCUGUCAAAAGGGACCUGAACAAGAGUGAACAUGGGACAGAGCUGUUUGAAACUCUGGGACUCGAGGGGGAGAUCAACCUGGCUAUAGAGAGACUGGCAGAGUGGGCGGCACCACGGCCCGUAGAGAAGAACCUCCUCACCAUUGCAGAUAAUGUUUACGUCCAGCCGGAGCCGCUGGGAGUGGUGCUCAUCAUAGGAGCCUGGAACUACCCCUGGGCAGUCACCCUGCAACCCCUGGUUGGGGCCAUCGCUGCUGGUAAUGCAGCGAUAAUAAAGCCGUCAGAAGUCAGCCCUAAUUCAGCCAAGGUCAUGGAGGAACUCCUCCCUCUCUAUCUAGACAAGGAUCUGUACCCGGUGGUGACAGGUGGCGUGUCAGAGACCCAGGAGCUGCUGAAGCAAAGGUUCGACCACGUCUUCUACACAGGAAGCAGCGCGGUGGGCAAACUGGUGAUGCAGGCUGCAGCCCAACACCUCACCCCAGUCACUCUGGAGCUCGGAGGGAAGAGCCCCUGCUACAUCGACAAGAACUGUGACCUCGCUGUUGCAUGUCGCCGUAUCACGUGGGGGAAGUUUGUAAACUGUGGGCAGACAUGUAUCGCCCCGGACUAUAUUCUUUGUGAAUCCAGCAUCCAGAACCAAGUAGUGGAGGAGAUCAGGAAGAGCAUAAAGGAAUUCUACACAGAUAAUCCAAAGACCUUUGAGGAUUAUGGACGCAUUAUCAACAAGCGGCACUUUAAGAGGGUCAUGGCUCUCAUGGAGGGGAGCACAGUUGUCAUCGGUGGAGAAAGUGAUGAAUCCGAGUGCUAUAUAGCCCCCACUGUGCUGAAAGAUGUGACAGCCGAGUCAAGGGUGAUGCAGGAGGAGAUCUUUGGGCCGGUGCUGCCCAUCAUUACAGUGAGCGGUGUUGACGAGGCCAUCCAGUUUAUUAAUGAGAGAGAGAAGCCGUUGGUGGUGUACGUCUUCUCCCCUGACAACAAGCUCGUCAGGAGGGUAAUAGCUGAGACGUCCAGUGGAGCCCUGCUGGCUAAUGACUGUCUGGUCCACUUCUGCGUCAGUGCUCUGCCCUUUGGAGGAGUUGGUAACAGUGGGAUGGGCUGCUACCACGGCCGGCACAGCUUCAACCAGUUCAGCCACCUGCGCAGCUGUCUGAUCAAGAAACUGAAAUUGGAGAGCAUCAACAACAUGCGCUACCCGCCACACACCGCCAGCAAGAUGACCUGGGCGCGAUUCUUGCUCCUCAAGCAAAUUAAUUUGGGCAAGCUGCGACGCAUGGCCCUGCUGGUGGCGUUUGCUGCCUUGACUGCAGUUAUUGUUCAGAGGUUCUUGAAAUGAGGCUGAGGAGCGGAAACCGGUGGCCUCAGUUUGACUUUGUGGUGGUACUGUGGGACGUCUGCGAUGACAGCGACUCUACAUUAUGCAAUAUGGCACUGCUUAUGGUUCAGAUCACUGGAUAAAAAUCACUGUUGAAUGAUGCAUGUUAUUUUUCAUUUUUGAAAAUAUGUCCUAACAUUUCACCUCUUUCAAACAAGAAGUCACUCAAAUGUUUUAUGAACAUCUCCGUUACAUGUAAAUAGUAUGGAUAUUUUAUCAUAUUUCUUAUCCUGGAAAAUGCAGAGUUUAUUGAAAAUAAUAAAUACUACAUGACUCUAGUGAGCUAGUUACAGUCCUCUUUUCCUACCAGUUGUGCUGAAUGUAUGUAUUUAUGGAAGACAAAGGGAUACGCUCAGAAAAAGAUGAUACAGUUUCACCUCAUGCAUGUCUUAUAGACUAGAUGGCAUUACUGACAGAAUCUUUCAACUGUAUUAUUUUACAGUAUGAUAUGUUUUAAUAUGUGAAGCUGUUUUUUACGGAAGCGUAUUGCUGCCACGCCAGAAAACAUGACAAUAUAUAUUGUUAAAACAUGAAACUUAUCACAUUAUAACCUUAUAAUAUCUAUUGUUAAAACAUGAAACAUUUCACAUUAUAGUGUGAUAAUUUACUGUUAGGUCUGUGUCUUGUUAGAACAUGAAACUCCCAUGACACGAUGUGCGGACGGAUUAAUUGAGGAAUAUGGCUCAUAUACAUAAACAUUCUGUUUAAUGCUUGGGCUGAAACGUGGUGAGAUUCUGCUGUUAUUGAGGACGGUGGAUGAUAUUGUGACGAUUAUGCGUACAUUAAGGAGGAUUUUAAAAUGCACGGGGCUGGACAGAAGAAUGAAUGAGUCCGACCCUCUGGAGGUGGCUCCAUGGAUACAAACUCCACCAUCUAAGCUUUCACGUCUUAAGAAUAUAUAGUAUAUAUCACGUUAUAAUGUGAUAAGUUUCAUGUUAUAACAUGAUAUGUUAUCAUGUUAUAACGUGAUACUGGUACAUAUUUUUUUUCUGGCGUGGCAGCAAUACGCUUCCGUAGGUUUUGAUGUUAUUUGCAAAUAUAAAUCCGCAAAAUAAUCUAGAUAACAUUGUAUUGCCGUUGACAUUUGGAAAUUAUUUUUCCGCUGAUGCAAAGUGGUUUACCAAAUGUAAAGGUGAAUAAAGUGGCAUAUUAUUAACAAGG